AUGUAUCUCCUCAAUGUCAGCGCAGUGGCGCUUGCUCUUUUCACCAGUGGAUCCCUUGCUGCUCCCACUGAGGCUAGUUGGGCAACGACCGCCACCAUUCAACUUGCCAACGAUCAAUCUGGCGCUAACGCAAAUGUCGCCGUCCCCGUCGAUGGAGUGAAGCGUCCCGUCCAAGAGCUUUGGGGGCAUACCGCAGUCGCACGCAACGGCCUUGUCUUUGCAUCAAGCGCUCAAUUGACUGCAUUCCAGCAGACUACCGUCUGCACAAUUACCGAGGAGCCACGUCUGAGCGCAACCCUCGAUGCGGAAAAGACUUGGGUGUCACUCGGGGGACACGUCGUCGACCUAUGUUCCGCUUACGUUGUGUGUGAAUGUAAGGGCAUGUAA